GGUCGACUUCCGAGAAGUAUGUUUCUCUCCAGUAAACAUUACAUACGUUCAUUCUUAGGAUUUGGUAUAUAAACAAAAAAUGUCUAUCAAACCUGCGCUUAAUAACGGCGAAAUUUGACAAUGACCAUGUAACUGGAAUAUUAAUGCGGAAAGGAACAUCAUGAGUUCGGAAUCUGACGAUGACGAAUCAAACUUUUAUGAAUUGGACAGUUUUUUUGGUGUCGAUUGCACCAGACUUUUGAGAAAACUAUUGGAGCAUUGUUUUCCAGUUUAUAAAAUGCUUUUAGAAGAACUUACUCGUUGGAUGUCGCUGAAUCCGAAUGGCAUCAUUUCCAAAGAAGACCAGUCAUUAAUACAAAUGGAGAGUAGUGUUUCCAGAAAAUUUAAAUUUGCUUUACUUUGUAACAUAUUCCGCACCGGAGUAUGCGACAGUCAAUUUCCUCCACCUUCCAAUGGCUGGUUUUCUGAAGAAACUCCACCGAUAGAAAAUUGCACCAUUGGUGAUAAUAUUUUAACAUUGUGGCAAAUUUUUACCCGUUAUAUAUCAAGAAAUAAAGACAAAGAAAUAUCAGACACAGAGUGUGAAACUAUCUGGAAUACCAUACAAAGUGUAGGAGAAAGUAUAGCUGAAAAAUUCUCUACACUUGGAAAACAUUUUCUAAAGAAAUUACAUAAGAAAUUAUCUGGGCCUGAGCUACAGUCAACUAAUAAUUCUCAGUUUGGUGAAAACAACAGACUCGAGCAUAAUGCUCUGGAAUAUUCAACCGAAACUAUCAUUUGUAAUCAAUAUGGAAUUAAAAAUAAAAUAUCGUCUCGAAGUGAAGGUGAAAGGAGUGUGAAAACAAUUAUAUGUAAUCAGUUUGGAGAAAGAAACAAAGUCGCAAUAUCAUUGGCUGAUCACACGAAAAGAAAAGUAGAUAUUGAAGGAAAAGACCUGCGGAUAACAAUGCACAGUGAUGACAAAAAAUGCUGGCCAGAACUUGUUAAUGAAAUGAGUAGUUUAUCAAUAACUGACUUAAAUGAAGACCAAUGUAUGAAAGAAAAUUCAACGAAAGUAUUGGCUAUCCAACGCAAGUGUCUUAUUGUGGAUGUGAGAAUUGAAGGCUCAGAAAUGGAGAACUCGAUAGAAAAAUUGCUGAAAUGCCUCAUGGAGAAAAUCAACGCAUGUCAAAUUCUACAAGACAAAAAUAUGACUGAGCUUAGAGUCUUUGGAUAUUAUUAUUACCCAUGCAGCUAUAUAGAUCAAACGGAUUUGGACAUGGAUUUCAUUCUUUACAAUCAUGCGACAUUUAAAUUAAUGGAGACAGUCAGUGAUGUGGACAUCUUUGUAUCAAAUUCCUUGAAUAUGCUGAUUCAAAACAGUUUCAAAGCAGACGUUGAUGAAAGCAUACGAGUGCAGAUAAAAGGAGAUGUCGUAGAACCAAAGAAUCUGAGGUUUUCAGAGAUACAGAGGGCAUUCAUCGAACAUGCAGAAAAGCAGUUGCCAUCAAUAAGCAAUUCGUUAGCAGCAGAAUGUCAUUUACAUAUUAUGAAUAUAUUAAAACAAAACUCCACGACACAUGUCAUUCUGAAAACAGAGUCCUGUAUUACAUACGGAUGCCUCGUAGAUACUAAUGGACCAGUUGUGACGUUGCUGAAGAAGAUAUUUCAAAUAGAAGGCGUGCAAGAAAAGUUAUCAGAUGUCUCUUUAAUAAAAAUUGGUGUAUUGGUUAAUACUUCAAUGGAUGAAGAAUUUCAAGAAGAGUCGGGAAAAGGGAUUGUUUUCUACCUCAGCCCAGAAUCCAAGAUUGUCGAAUCCAUAGAGAAAAACAAAUUUCCAGAGGUACUUCAAGCUAUGCUAGGUCAAAAGGCCAGUAAAAUAUUGAAAGGCACAGAAAAUCUCAAAAUUAGAGCUGUUCUUGACUAUGGAAAUGGUCAAAAUGGUGAUGACAGUGAUCAGGCAAUAGACAUCACGGAAACGUAUGAAGAAGAAUCCACAGAAGAAACAAUUAAACGUUCUUUACAACAAGCAGAGAGUGCCCUUCAGUCAGGGAAUAUACUACAAGCAAAAGAACUUGCACGAAAUGUUUUCAAAAAACUGUCAGAUAAAGAUAUCGAUAUUUUCGACGAGCUAAAAAAAAUAUUCCAAGAGUGUGCUGAUAAUUGUUACGCCCUUAAGUGUUUUUGCAAAGUCCGUUUGCUUGGGAAUGAAUUCUGGAAUCCGGCAGUUUCAUUGAUGGAAUCAAGAAAUUAUUGGAUCAGUGUCAUCAGAGGACCAUACACGUUAGAGGAGAUCUUGAUUCUGUUCAAGGAAAUCGAAAAAUUGACCUUUGAGUAUCUUCUGCUUGAUGCCUACAGUUUGAUAGCUGUAGGAAUAUGUUGUGAGCUACAAAUGUCCUACGGAGAACUCAUUCACGCAUUCCAUUUGGAUCGUGACAACUCCUUUAUUAAAGAAAGAAGAAAAGCUGUUGCCUUUCAUGUUUGUAAGAUGUAUCAUAGACAAGGACAACACAACUUAAUUUGUGCAAUCUACAAGCAGAAAGAUCGUGAUUCGGAUACACUUGAUGCAGAUGAUCUAUUUCUGUGGGCAAGCGCACUGAAAGAUCUUGGAAAGUUGGAUGUCGCAUUAAAGAAAACAGAGGAAGCAAUUCAAAUAAAAAGUACAGAACAGACUAGAAAUGCUCUCAGAGACCUAAGAGAAUCACUUAUUCUGGAAUUAAACCAAGUACCAAAAACGCAAAGUAACUUAGAUGUUGAAUGGUUGGCAGGGACUAAUAUAAGUCUACCGCAGCAGAUGAAGGAAAAGGCCUUGCAAGUUAAGAAAAAGCAUGUCAAGAGGGCUGGAUCGCACUACAGGCCUAAAAGACCAGAAAGAGAAAGACUUUCUUCAUCGACUUUUGAAGAAACUGGUCCACAAGGAAUGCCUUACGAAGACACAUCAAAAUAUAAAACAUGGAAAGACGUCCCUCCCUCUGUUCCAGAACCUUCUGCCACUUAUAAAAAGAAAAAUCACAAAGGCAAAAAGAAAACGGAAAUAAAUGAAGAUUAUAAUGUUGAAGUGGUUGAAAAGAAAUUGAGUGAAUCAGAUUCUGGACAGGAAUCAUUCAGUGAGAAUGAAAACCCGAAACCAAUAUCUUAUAUUGCACCAGAAUAUACCAAAACUGAAACCGAUACACAGAGUGACAGUGGCAUAGACACCGUGGAUGAUGAAUCUCAGAUUGAUUAUGAACAUUCCGCUGGUACUAACAAAAUACUUAGAAGCAGUGAUCUAGUUAUUUUUGGUAUAACGCUGAAAGAUAGGUGUAAAACAAGUUUUCAGAAAAACAAAACGUCAAAAUCAUUUCAAUACCAAGACGAAUUGUCCUUACAAGAAAUAAAAUCUUGUCUUCAGCGAAAUAAAGAGAAGUAUAAACGGUGUGUCAUAGAAAUAGAAUCAGCUCAUAAAGCAAUUUGCAGAAAUUUAGAUCUUGGGGAUGAUGUGAAAGAAAUUCUUAUUUCGGGAAGGUCAAAGUGUGGAAAGGCAUUUACAGACGAUGAGGUAGUUGUAGAGAUCCUUGGAGAAUCUAAGGCGCAGAGUAGCUAUAUACCUAGGUUGAAAAUAGAUUUGGCUAAAGAAAGAAAAGAUAACAAUAUUUAUGGAAAAGUUAUUGGAAGAUUGAAAAGAAAUAGAUAUGGAGAUUUAGAUCACCCGGUAUUAAUCUGCUCAAAAGAUGAAUUUGCAGAUCACAUGAUGAAACCAUUAUGUAGAACUGUACCAAAAAUCAACGUUUCUCAUGAACACUGUAAACACAAAUAUCAGGUGGACUUGUUUUCUUAUGACUCAGAAAGAAAUGUCGCUGAUUAUCAUGAAACAUUAGAUAUUAAUCUUGCUCACCAGAAAGCAUACUGUUUUCUAGUUGCAAUUAUAAAUUGGGAUGAUAUGUAUCCAUUUGGAAUUGUAUUGAAGGUCAUAAAUACCAAGGGCGACAUAAACUCAGGCAUUGGAAUUCUUCGUCUCCAACAUCGUGUACCUUCUGCUUAUAGUCAAGAAACAAGGGAGAUGACAGCAUCAAUUCUUCAGAGAAAAGAAAGAAUGGGCGUUGGAGGUAGAAAAGUUGUCAAGGCUUUUGUAAUAAAUGAUGGAAAACAAUGUGCUAUGGAAGCUGCAUAUAGCGUGAAUCUAUUGAAUUCGGGAUUGUAUCGAGUUGGAAUACACAUCGUAGAUCCAACCUACAUCAUUAAAAAGGGUGAUGCAAUUGAUUUGGAGGCCAGAAGGCGCGGUACAGAUUUUUAUGUAAACAAAGAUAUACAACCAGUGUACAUGAUACCAGAAGAUCUAAGUUAUGAAUUAUUCAACUUGGGAACAGGCAAAGAAAGAGAAACAUUGACGGUAUACUUUGACGUUUCUAUAGACGACAAUUUUGAUCCACUGAAUGAAAAUGUCGACAUUGAAGGAAGAGUAGAAAGAGUGGUGAUUAAGACCGUUGAAAGUCAUAAAAUAUCAGAUGUUCAAACACGUUUGAAAACAAAAACCCUUAAAAGUGAUAUUCACAUUCUACAUAAAAUUUCACAAAGACUCCGUGAACAGCGACUGGGAAAAGCGUCAUUAUUUACUGACGUUAAUGAAAUGUUUCCGUACGAGAAUAACAAUUUUAUAGAAUGCAUGGAUGCAGAUAUAUUACGAGAAGAACUUCAUAUAUUUGCAAAUCAGACUGUCGCAAAGUUACUUUUCGAAAAGUACCCUAAGUGUAUACCCUUAAAGUGUCAUGAUCGCCCGUCUGAAAAUGCCCUCUUAAGAUGGAAAAAAGCUCACAAUGAAUAUAUGGAUAAAAUCUUAUUUUGCUUGCAGGAUUGUGAAAUAGCUGAUAGAGCAGUGUGUUCUAUUUUUGAUUGUAACCCAGAAAAGAUAAGAUACAGACAUUUGAUAUCAGUUCAAAGCAAUGUAUGGCAGGUUUUACGAGAGGCGGCAGAAAGAAAACAAUUUGACAAACUACAGCUUGUUCUUGGUGCAGAUGAAAUCCAUCCAUUACAAGCACUAGCUGUUGAAGAAUGGGUAGAAAUACAAGACAGUGCAGAAUACAAAUGCGCGAUUCGUAAACAGGAAGCAAUGCACUUUAAUCUACGUGUCCCUCUUUACACAUCAUUCACGUCUCCGCUCAGUCGAUUCACGGAUCUCGUUGUUCAUAGAUUGGUUCAUGCUGCAUUAGACAAUGUAAAGGAACCUCCAUAUAACGAAAUUGAAAUCCAGAGUAUCUGUGAGGAGAUGAAUAAUGUAAAUCGUUCCAGAAAACAGUUUCAGAAGAGUUGUCUUAUUUUAUUAUUUGCUCACUCUCUUAAUAGCCAACCUCAAGUGUUCAAUGGCUUCAUUCAAAAUGUCACAAACAAUGACGUUGAACUGAUCAUUCCCACGUUGCGAAAACUGAGCAGAUCGAGCAAGCUACUGCCCAUAAACUUAUUACACUCACGGCAAAAACCAGAAUUCGAAAAAGAAGUGGGAUCAGAUCGGUAUUUCAUGACUAUCAAAUGGCAAAAUCGUAUUUAUUCACUGAAAAGGAUAACUAAGAAUCCACCAAAAGAGAACGACUACCUUAGAAUAGAUCCACAUCAAAAAGUCCAAUUUCGUCAUCUCAAAAAGUGGGUAAAUACCAUUCAGGCACUUCUAAGUAAAAAGACAAGGAAUAUUUAUUCUCUCAUGUUAGGUGAGGAUCCAAUUUCAAACCAACAAAUUCCAGCCUCUUGGAAUACUGUAAACGAUGUGAGUUCAGAGGUACGUGGUGGUCACUUUGCACAGCAAGUAUGCAACUAUAGCUUGUCCUUCAAUUAUGGCCAAAUGGUUUCCAUUCAAAUGUGCGCAGAGUCUGAGCGGGGGAUUUUGACGCCUUUGCCUCAGUUGUUUGACAUUACACCUAACGUAAAAAUAUGUUUGCAGCAUGCCCGAGAUCCUCUUGGGGUUCUGUCAAAAAUGGCGACAAAACCAACCAAAGAAAAGUACUCUACUUGCAAAGAUUACAUAGAUAUUUGGAUGCCAAUUUUCUCCAUGGAGGUUGCUAUUCAAACGGCUGACGAUGAUUCAUUUACAAUUAAUGAUUUGCCUGUCACCUUUCGUAAACAAGGAGGAGCUUUUUCUCUUAAACAUUCCUUUUUAGAGAAACGUGACAUUGAAUUCACUGCUCAUUCAGUAGACCUUUUAAGUAAUGAGGAUCGAAAAACAGAAGAAACUCAAGAAGAGACUGAAAGAUUUUAUAUGUCAGGAUCUGAUUUUCUUUGCAUUAGAUGUCCUUUAGAACCAAAGAGUAAUGCAAUUUCUAAUUUUGGAAACGGCGCUAUUUGUUCACAAGAUAGGUAUUGGGUUGGACAUGCACAAGUGAGUGAUGUCCGAUUUAAAUCAAAAAAGGGCGAAAAAGUUGAUUGUGUGACAUUUGUGUGUCACAAUAGGAGCCCCCCAAUUCCACAAGAAAUGUUGAACAAGAAAAAAGAAUGUAACGUGGAAAUUUUGCCAAAAUCAGACGUGAGCAGAAGAACGGAAUUAUAUGUUAAAUGGUUGGAAAGUGCUUCUGACCUAGCGAAAGCAAUUGCGUUGAGAAAACGGAUUCCAGAGCUGGAUAAAAUACACAAAGAUUUGGGAGAUCGUGUGAGAGACCUUGAUGUCCCAGAGCUUGGAAUUGCAUACAACAGUAAUCAAAGGAAAGCAGUGAAACAAGCGCUUACUUCGAGUUUUUCUUUGAUCCAAGGACCUCCGGGUACUGGGAAAACGUUUACUGGAGUCGCACUUAUAAAUCUCUUCUGCUCCAUCAAUCAAAAAUAUUCAGAACUGAAAGGUGGAAACAAACAUUUUGUUGUAUUUUGUGGUCCGUCCAACAAAUCCGUGGAUUUAGUCACAGAUUACUUGAAGAAAUGUUUUAAAAACCUGAAAAUCCUUCGAAUGUAUGGUGGAGCUCUCGAAUGUAAAGAAUUCCCUAUACCAGGCAAAGUUAUUUCGAUGAAGAAGUCUGAGAGCGCACCAGAUGAAAAUCUUCGAGAGGUAACUUUACAUCACAUCAUCCGAAGACCUGGGAAUGAGCAUGCAGAAAAAAUAAGGGAUUUUGACAGAAAAUUCAAAAAUGAGAAGAGCAUUGAUUACCGAGACAUCAAGCAGUAUAAAAAAUAUAUUGCAAGAGCUAUUAAGGAAGAAAUACCUAAAUAUGACGUUAUUUUAUGUACAACUGCCGUCGCCACAAGCUCUCGAUUAUUGAAUUCAACAGGCAGAUCAAUUUAUCAGCUUUUGAUCGAUGAGGCUGGCAUGUGUACAGAACCAGAAUGUGUAGCAACAAUUGUAGCUACACAUGCAAAGCAGGUUGUGUUGAUUGGUGACCACAAACAGCUCAGACCAGUUAUCUUGUGUGAGGAAGCAGCAGAACUGGGUCUACAAAAAUCCUUGUUUGAGCGCUAUGCAGAAUCUGAGAAGUCAGAUAAAGUACUCACAUUUCUUACCAACCAAUACAGAAUGCAUCCUAGUCUAUGUCGCUUCCCUUCCAACACAUUUUACUACAAUAGAUUGAUAACUCAAAAGUCUCCGAAAUGGGAGGUGUUACAACCACUUAACAUGUGGCGUAAUCCUAAAAACCCAUUGGUAUUCUGUCACAUAGAGGGUGAAGAGGAGUAUCUUGCAAAUACGACUGAAGAGGGCAAUGAGAUGUCAAAAUUCAAUACGGCAGAGAUCGAUCACGUGGAAAAGGUGUAUCUACAUUUGGUAAAAAGGGAAGGAGUAGCACCUGAAAACAUCAACAUCAUGUCCCAAUACAACGCCCAGUGCAGUAAAAUCCGAGAGAGACUUAAAAAACACCAUGUCCAGCAUGUCAACACAGUUGUGGCAAGUCAAGGUGGAGAAUGGGACUACGUCAUAUUUAGUCUCGUACGGUCAAUACCAGAUUACAGAAUCGAACCACACCCAACGAUAGGUUGGUGUAAGGAAAAUCUCGGGUUCAUCACAGAUAAAAAUCAAAUAAAUGUAGCACUAACACGAGCAAGAAAAGGACUCGUCAUUAUUGGCAAUAAAAGGCUAAUGAAUUGCAACGAAACUUUUAAAUCACUGUUGAAAGAAUAUGCACGGCAUGGAUGCGUAGAGGAUGCUGAAAAUUUCCCUUUGGUACUGAAGGGAAAGGAUCACAGGAAGGCAUGAUGUUGAUGUAGGUAAACCAAAAGAGACUCAACUAAAAAGCAUUUGUGUGAAAGAUACUAAUGAAAGACAACUUUUUGUCAGUCAGUAUGCAAUUACAAGUGUUUCAAUUACAAAAGUUUAUGAGGUUAAGACCUGAUCAGAAUCGUGAACAAGUCUUAGUUCAGCCUUUUUGAGGUUUGAAAACUGUUUGUCAAGUAAUUUUAUAGUUUUCUCAUAUUUUUGGAUUAAGGUUGUAGUAGUAACAUAAAUAGGUUCUAUUACAUGGGGCAUUUAUAAUGAUUUCUUUGAACACGCGUAACUGCCCAUAGAUUAAUUUAUAUGUAAGUGCCCAAGCAGUGAAGAUGUGCCAAAUUAGUUUGUCAACCCUGUGUUUGAUUGUCUGCUUAAUAUAAUGUCCCGUUAGCUAUGUAGGAAUGUCUUUGAAAAUAUAUAAUAUCCAAUACAGAUUUAUUGUUCUUAUCAAAAAUAAAGUAUAUACUUUUUUUUUGCUGCAGUUACACAAAUAAUUAUCUUUGAUUCACUUUUCUCUUGACCAGUUUUUCAGCUGAAAAGUAAUGAAAGAAUUUCUUAAAGUUAACUUAGAUGACAUAUGUGUGUUUAAACAUCCAUACAGAGAGAUAACAUUUACUCUUCAGUUGAAAUCUGGAUAUUUUUUAACCCGUUUUUGAGAAAGAAAACAUUUGAUUUUGUGUAUUUUCGACUGUGAUAUUUACUUAAUGAAUUAUUACUGUACAUGCACCUCCUUGGUGUCACAUGGUUUAUACAGAAACAUUGUUAUUUUGUUUUAAAAUAUAUUUAAAUGAUUUAUUUUCAUCAUUUUUAUUUAUGUACAUAAUGAUUUAAACAUUUCAACCAUAGUUUUGUCCAAGCCUACUUUGGGAAUAAACAUUUGCAAAUCAUUAUAUU